AUGAUCAAGUCUGUGGAGGACCAAAGGUUGAUUCAAUUCCUGAUGGGGCUCAAUGAUGGAUAUGCUCAAGCAAGGGGGAACAUUCUCAUGAUAAACCCCUUACCAAGCAUCAGCCAUACAUACUCCCUUUUGCUCCAGGAUGAGAAUCAGAGGGAGGUUUACAUGAAUCCUCAUUAUCCAUCUAAUAGAUCAUCUUUCAUGACAGGAAAUCAGACCAAAGGACAACAAAAAUUUGGAAAUCAGAUACAAAGAUUUGGAAAUCAAACACAACCACAACAAAGGUAUGGAAACCAAUUUCAAACACAAAGGUUUCAAAAUGGAAAUCAGAGGUAUAAUCCAAACCAAAGGGGAGGAAAAGGGAGGAAGAAGAAGUACAAUCCAAAUGUAACCUGUACUAACUGUUUGAAAACUGGACAUGUCAUGGAUAAUUGCUAUAGGCUCAUAGGAUAUCCAGAUGAUUUUCAAUUCACAAACAACAAAGAGCAUGUCAAUGUCAAAGGAAAUGCAGCAAUCACAGAUGAGAAGUUUGGAAAUAUGAGCAUGGGAAAUGAUGACAAUGAUAUAAAUGGACUGAGUCAACUAAGCAAGGAUCAAGUUUCACAAAUCAUGCAGAUCUUCAAGCAAAGUCAGAAUGGUGCCUCAAGCAGCAACACAACAAAAAUUAAUGCCAACACUGUUGCUGGUACUAUUACUAGAUACUUUGGUUCUUGUUUCUCAGUUUACAACACUAAGUCAUGGAUAGUUGACUCAGGGGCAUCCGAGCAUAUGUGUUUUAACUCUAACUCUUUUCUUAAUCUCACUCCCCUUCCUGCUCCUUUAAAUAUCAAUCUACCCAACUCUUAUAGGAUUCAAGUCACACAUACAGGAAGUGUUCAAGUUCUCCCUAAAAUUGUUUUACAAAAUGACCAUUUAAUGAGGAAGGUACAAGCUUUUGGUGAAGUAAGAGAGGGACUCUAUGUCCUGGAACCUACUGAUUUUAGGAAUCCUAGUCUAUCACAAAUCAAUGUAGUUAAUUUACAAGAAGGAAAUUAUUCCAGUAGUGGUCAAGUUUCUAAGUCUUUUCCUUUUUCUGCUAGUGCAGUUUCUGAUGUAGCCAUUUGGCAUGCUAGCAGAGGAACUUGGACCUUUCUACUAACAGUAAAGAACAAUGCUUUUCCAAUUUUAAAGAAUUUUUUAUGCAUAGUUGAGAGACAGUUUGAUGUUAAAGUGAAGAAAAUAAGAUCAGACAAUGCCUUGGAAUUAGGCAAGGGAAUACAGGAAUCCAAUUUUCUUCAAUCACAAGGGAUCAUACAUGAAACAUCAUGCACUGCUACUCCUCAACAAAAUGGGAUUGUUGAAAGAAAGCAUAGGCACUUGUUGGAAAUUUCAAGAGCAUUGUUGUUUCAGUCUAAGCUUCCUAUUUCCUAUUGGGGAGAGUGUGUGUUGACUGCAACACACUUGAUUAAUAGACUUCCCUCUUCUGUCCUCAAAGGAAAAAGUCCUUAUCAUAUCCUUUUUGGAAAACCACCAAACUACAAAGGACUGAAAACUUUUGGUUGUCUCUGUUAUGCUUCAACUUUGAAAAACAAUAGAGGCAAAUUUGAUCCUAGAGCUAGGGCUUGUGUAUUCUUAGAAACACAAGCAACUGAUCCUGAAAUUCCUUCCUCACAUAUUAUAUCUGAUCCUGAACCACCUGAAGUCAUUAUAUCAGAUAUUGUUCCUGAUCAAAGACCUACUACCUCAACCCAAAUUCAACCAGAGAGACAAUCAACUAGAACACAUAAAAGACCAUCCUAUCUAGAUGAUUUUAUAUGUAAUCAUGUUUACUUGACAGAUGUCUCAUCCAAUUGUUUUACCCAACCUUCACAACCUUCUACUUUUUCCUUUGGAGACUUGUCCUUGCAAAAUCAACAUCUAUUGAGUUAUACUGCUACUAUAACAGAACCUACUAGUUUUAAACAGGCUUCUAUGAAUCCAGGUUGGCUGCAAGCCAUGGAUAAAGAGAUCAGUGCUCUACAGGACAAUGAUACAUGGGAAGUAGUGGUUUUGCCUCUAGAUAGGAAGGCUUUACCCAGUAAAUGGGUAUACAAGGUCAAACAAAAUUCAGAUGGCACCAUUGAGAGACUAAAGGCAAGACUUGUGAUUAGAGGAGAUAUACAAAGGGAAGGAAUAGACUACAAUGAGACAUUUUCCCAGUGGUUAAGAUGA